AUGUCCAACCUUCAGAAGCGACCACCGGCUUCAACCAGCAUGGCAAAGUGCCAACAACCUCCGCAAGAGGAGCAGAGCGCCGAUUCUGUUUGUCGUGUCUGUAUGGGCAGGGCAUCCGAUGCCGGCCAGAUGGUUGGAUUGUUCAAUAAACAGAUACAGGGAACGAUCCUCGCCGAAGUGUUGACCCUGGUUGGAGCAGUGGAACUGGCGACGAAAGACGAUCGACUGCCCAAGUGGUGUUGCGAGGGUUGUCUGAAGGCCUUGGAGAGUGCCUACAACCUAAGAAUGUUGUGCCAGGAUUCGGACCGGAAACUACGGGAUGCAUUAUCGACGGAUGCGGUAGCCGUUGUGGUGAAACAGGAAGUCGAUGAAGAUUCUAGGGUUGGAGAUGGGAUGCUGGAUGUUGAGGAAGCUGUUCUCUCGGAAAGUAUACAAUUGCCCAAGUUAGAGAUUAUGGACUGUUUAGAGGAAGAUGAGAUAACGGAUGACGGUGAUGGAGAAGACGAUAUGGUAGAAGCUGACGGCGGCGUAGACUCGGAUGUCGAUGAGGCAGAGCAAGAUAAGGAUGAAAAGACGUCGGAAAAAGUAAAUAGGCCUACCCAUGGAAGGAAGCCCUUGAAUCCGGAUGUAUUCGACGAGGUAGAAGCCGUAGGUUUCAAAUGUUGUGGUUGUAAAGUCACGUUCAACACUUUGAACGAACUUCAGGCUCAUUCAAAGGAAGCUCACGCCGACAAAAAACUGGCAAUACAGGAAUUGCAACGCAAGAAGCAGUGUGAUAUCUGUUACAAGGUGUUGUAUAAUGACCUUUCUGUACGUAAUCACCAAUAUAAAAACAAACUGAACUUUCGAUGCAAGGUUUGUGGAGAAUUGUUUUGGAGUCGAAAGAGGGUGUGCCUUCAUUAUGAUCGGGUACACGGCCCGAACCCAGUGAUCAAGGGUCCUUCGAAAGUUUGCUGUGGGUGUCUGGAGAAAUUUGAAACUGAAGAACAGCUUAGGGCGCAUAGUUUAGCGGUACAUCUGCCAGAAAAACCUGCGCCAGAUCCUACCCGUCCAUACACUUGCAACGUUUGCUAUCGCUGUUACAAAUCCGACGGGCUGCUGUACACCCAUCAGUCCCGAAUGCUCAGGGACACCAAGAAGCACGUGUGUGCCCAAUGUGGAUUGACGUUCCGAUAUCCCGGAGAGUUGGAACACCAUAAAGUGGCACACACUGGCGAAAAGAAGUUCCAGUGUACAAAUUGUCCCAAAGCAUACAGCAAUUGGGAUAGCUUCCGAAGGCAUGUCAACAAUCACAAAGUGCCAGCGGAUAAGUACAAAUGCAAGAUUUGCGGAGAUAUAUUCAAAACACGCAAUGGAUUGAAAAGGCACACGCUACAUCAUACCGGAGAGCGUCCGCACAAGUGCCCUCACUGUUCAGCCACUUUCACUGUGCCUUCUGGGUUAAGAUGCCAUUUGUUGACGCACACCGAUGAAGAAAAACUACAAUGUCCGAUUUGCAGGAAACCGUUCAAGCGGAAUGCGGCACUCAAGCAGCACAUCCAAUAUAUUCAUCACAAGCAAAAGUCCCUACGCCUGCUUCUUCUGCCCCAAUCGAUACCAGCGGAAACACCAGCGCAAACAACACAUGCUUCAAGUCCAUCCCAAGGAACUACAAAGCAAUCCCCUUCCGUCAAUCGAGCUACUUGGUAA